ACGUAACCAACAGAACGUAGUUACAGCAACUGAAAUGUCGCACACUUACAGUGCAGACGAAUAAAUUAGCUAUUUAAAGUUAAUAAGAGACCAAAUACCUACAAAAUGGAAGAAAUCUCGGCAUAUGACAACCGACCUGUAGCGAAUAGCACAUUUAAAGAUAUCCUCAUUAGUCCAAACAAUGAUGACGUCAUCAUUCCAAUCAGUGCCACGUUCGACAAAGCAGUAUUACACAUUGGUAUAGGGAACGGAUGUGGAAUAUUUAUAGAGAAGUUUGGUAUGAAGAAUGGUAAGGAGUUGAAAACUUCAGUGAAAUAUGCCACCAGAAAGUUCACAGACGCUCGUCAGCAGAGGAGAAACAAAGGUAAAGACCUAAAAGCAAGUGAAAGUGAAGAUAUUGAGAAGAUUGUAGAUGAAAGUGGGGAAAAGUUUAUGAGAGACAUUCCAAGUAUGAAAGAGAUUAAUAGACUGAUGGCUAAGCUAUUCGACAAUCUUUUGGCUCAGGCACCAAAGGCAAACAAGAUUGGCAUUGAUACAAUACCAGACACUAAACCUUUGAAAAAAAGCAAAUCAGUAGAUAUCGAAAGAGACAUUGGAGCCGCUGACGAAAGUAUUCAAUCAAUAAUUGCGACAGUUUUAACAUCUGACAUUAAGAAUGACGUACAAGGAAAACCUAUGAAUGAUAAAGAAAUUGCCGGAAUGUGUACAUCAGGUUUUGAUAAUCAAAUCCAGGUUGGGCCAAAUAUGAACAUACAUUUGUACAAGCUAAAUGAAACACGUUUUAAUGCAGAGGGGACAACUUCAUUUGAAGCCAUAGGUAAAGCUUAUCAAGAGGAAAUGUUACAGAUUACAUUUGAAAAAGAAGCAGGUGUCUAUAAACCAAAUCCGAUUCGACCAUCGAAUGUAACUGGUUUUCCACUUGAAGACGAUAUGCAUAUAUAUCUGGAUGAAAUUUUUGUAAUCUCAAAACGAGGUACACAAAUGUUUGAUGAAUUUGUAUCAGCAACUAAAGAGAUGAGAACAAACGACAAACGACUAGAGGAUGUACCAGAAAGCGAAUCGACGAGUGCAAUUGUAGUUAUAGAUAAAGGUAACACAGAAGAAAACAGCAAUUUGUUUGGAGAUGUGCUUGACAAAGAUCAAAGAGGUCCAAUUUCAUGUGAUACAUUUAUAGAUAGAGCAGCCGAUAAUGACAGCGAUACUUUAGAUGAUAUCGGCCCGGAUACGUUUAGUGACUUUCUAGAUAAAGAGUCAGAUGAUUCAAUGAGUAAAGAAAAAGGUGCAGUUGAUGAAACGUCAGAAAGUGACACACUAGAUUGUAUUUUAAAUAUAGAAUCAGAUGAUGAAAUCGUAGAAAUUAUAGAAUCAGAUGACGAUAUUGUAGACAUCGAAGCGAUAGCUCUCCAAGAACAACAUGAAGUGGAUGUUACAGAAGCUAGGAAAGACAUUGAUGAUACAUAUAUUACAUACAAAGAUAUGGUUGACGAUGAUGACGACCUGUUUGGUAUCUUGGAUGUAUACAAAAAGAGUGAUCUACACUUCGACGUACACAACAUACCAGCAUCAUCCGAGCACUGUGACCAGAAGAAAGACUUUGGAUAUAAAUUCUUUUCAUUUUCAACAUUCUUUAAAUAAAGAUUAGAAAAAUGGUUUCAA